AUGGGGAGGGGCGCACUAUUGAAGUAUGCUGACACUUGCUUUGAAAAUCAAGAGUCAUUCAUGAAUGCAGCGAUUGGGGAUGCUAGAAAGUCAGAAAUCAAAGCAGUCUUCGCGUCGCUCGCUGAGAAAGCUGGAGCCCUUGAUGAUUCUUUCACAAAAGACAUGUUUUUGGCUGAAUUGGAUAAUUGUGAAAAUACUGUGAAACCAGCUUUCACCGAGCAUAAAAUUGCCCUGGGCCAUAGCGUCUAUGAUACCCCAAUUCAUGUAAUUGACGAGAAGUUGGUUCCCUCUACAGAGAGUACUUGGGGGGCGGAUGAGUAG